AUGGCCGCAAAAGUCUUCCCACGACUCACCAUCUUCCCCCUUCUGCUCCUCAUUUCUUUCCUCAUCCCCUCUUCCCAUGGGGGCACCAUCUCCAUCUAUUGGGGUCAGAAUAAAAACGAAGGCAGCUUGGCCGACACUUGCAACUCCGGCAACUACGGCAUUGUCAACAUAGCUUUUUUAUCCAAAUUUGGCAAUGGUCAAACUCCAGUCCUUAACCUCGCCGGCCACUGUGACCCGGCUGCCGGUACCUGUACUGGCUUGAGCAGCGACAUCAAAGCUUGUCAGGCUAGCGGGAUCAAGGUAUUACUCUCCAUUGGUGGUGACAGUGCCAGCUACUCCCUCAGCUCAGCCGAGGACGCCCGGAGCGUAGCAAACUACUUGUGGAACAACUUUCUCGGUGGCAACACGGGCGCUGGGCCGCUAGGUGAUGCUGUGCUGGACGGGAUUGACUUCGACAUCCUGGGCGGCACCCCCGACCACUGGGAUGACCUAGCCAAGGCUUUAUCAGGUUUCAACCAAGGAAAGAAGGUCUACUUAGCCGCAACCCCACAGUGCCCAUUCCCAGACAAAUGGCUAAACGGUGCACUUUCCACCGGCCUUUUCAACCACGUCCAAGUCCAAUUCUACAACAACCCUCCCUGUCAAUACGCAGACAAUAGUGCCGACAAUCUCAAAAAGUAUUGGAACCAGUAUUGGACGACCAUUCAAGCCGAGAAAGUGUUCCUGGGGUUGCCCGCAGCUCCGGAAGCUGCCGGCGGUGGCUAUAUUGCCCCUAACGUGCUGGUGUCUGAUGUUCUUCCAGAUAUUAAGGGUUCUUCUAAGUAUGGAGGUGUGAUGCUUUGGAGCAAGUUUUAUGAUAAGGGGUAUAGCUCGGCUAUCAAAUCCAGUGUUUAAAAUGCUUUUUAAUUCCUUUGAAUAAGUGACCCCUCUUGGAGUUUAUGGAACAGUGAAAAUAAAUGUUACUUAUCAGGUUUGAAUAAAAUUAAUUUCUUCAUGAUCAAAAUGCUGUAUUCUCAAUCAUUUAUAUUAAUAUAAACU